UAUGGAAGCUUUCACUGUUAGGAUUGUGGAGUUUUAUGACAAUAAAUUCAUGAAUUAGAUGGUUGAAGUAAAAAAAAAAAAGCAUAGAUACAUAAUAAUGCAUAAGCACUAUAAUGACUAUUAAUUAGAGUGUGUGUAUUCAUCUCAGUUUGUGGAAAGGUUUGUGUGAUCAGUGCUGAAGCCUUUUCAUCAUCUCUUGAUAUCUAUUACACACAACAUGCCUUGCAGUGAUUGUUCAGAAUUGGCUCAGCUGAUGUUUCUGUUAUCCUAUCUGUUUCUGCUAUCAGGAGCCUACAAUAAUGAUGUCAGUGCCUCGCUCAUUAGUUAUACACACAGUGAUUUUGCCAAUAGUAAUACAGCAGCUCUUCCCUUUUUGUUUGUUUUCCUUUGGAGCUGGUAGCUGGUACACUGAUUGACAGACAGAUCCCCACCAGAAGGAUGUGUAUGUUCUUAUCACUUCCUCCAAGGCUUCUAUAGCCACGAUCAUAAUAAAGGGGAGUAGGUUGUGUCAAAGCAGCCAACUGGAAGAAGGUUAAGCAAGAGUGGCUCGCCAUAUGAUAGCUUAUGUUGUAGUUUAUAAACUGAAGCGUUGGGGGAAAGCUAUACCACUGCUCUUAAUUUGGCAGCCGCCGGGCAGAUCUCCCAGACCCUUCCUUCUCAAUAUUCUGCUGCAGUCUGUGAUAACGUUUCCUGAGCUGAGCACGAAAGCGGCGGUGACGUUUGCGAAGACAAAGAGGAAGACUGACUGGUAUAGUGUGAGACAGUAUAAAGUUAAGUCAGGCUUCAUAAGUAUUUUGUGGUGGGAACUUCCUGCCUUGGCUGUCCUACGGUGACACAAUCAUUCCUCCCUUAAGUUGUGCCAAGCAGGUAUUUUUUUUAAAAACAAGACAAGCAGCUGAGUCCGUGGGAUGAAAACGCAAAGAAAGCAAAAAAGUGGAAAAAAUAACCAUGCUGAAUUGGUAUGACAAGCUGGUCUAUAUCGGCCUGGAGGUGGUGAUCGCCUGCCUGUCUGUGGCUGGGAACGUCCUGGUCUGCUGGGCCGUCUGCCUCAACUCCAACCUGCAGAGCAUCACCAACUACUUUGUGGUAUCGCUGGCAGUGGCUGAUAUUGCUGUGGGGCUGCUGGCCAUUCCCUUCGCUAUCACUAUUAGUACCGGCUUCUGUGCCAACUUCUACGGUUGCCUGUUCAUCGCUUGCUUCGUCCUCAUACUCACUCAGAGCUCCAUCUUCAGCCUGCUGGCCAUCGCUGUAGACCGCUACAUUGCUAUCAAGAACCCACUCAGGUACCACAGCCUGGUGACAGGACAUAGGGCAAAGGGCAUCAUUACAUUGUGCUGGGUUCUCUCAGUAGGCAUCGGCCUGACACCCAUGCUCGGCUGGAACAGAGGUUGGAAUACCACCGCCACAAUCAACAGACAAAUCUGCCCUGACGGAAUGACGGAGUGCCUGUUUGAAGGAGUGGUUACGCUGGACUACAUGGUGUAUUUCAAUUUUUUCGGCUGUGUGCUGGUGCCCCUGGUGGUCAUGCUGAUCAUCUAUGCCCAUAUCUUUAUGGCUGCUCGGCGUCAGCUCCGGAUGAUGGCGCUGAAAGUUGCGCACACACCCGCUCCUGGAGAAAUAACGUCUUUGUCGAUCUCAUCUCGUUCAACCCUGCAGAAGGAAGUGCAUGCUGCCAAAUCGCUGGCCAUCAUUGUAGGAUUGUUUGCUCUGUGUUGGCUUCCGCUGCACAUCAUCAACUGUUUUAACCACCUGUGUCAGGACUGUGGGCGCGCACAUAUAUGGUUGAUGAACAUUGCCAUCAUCCUCUCCCAUGCUAACUCUGUUGUGAAUCCCUUCAUCUAUGCUUAUCGCAUUCGGGAGUUCAGACAGACCUUUCGGAGGAUCCUGCAUCAGCAUAUCUUCAAGCAGAGGAAAGACUUUGGGGUUGGGAGUGGUGAAGGCAGAAGUGUUGGCAACAGUAGUAUCAUACAGACUUCCUCCCGUACCAGUAGAGAUGGUUCAUUAUGUGGGACAGUGGUGAAUAGCUACAUCCUGGACCCCGGUCCUGACCGAACUCCACCAAAAGAUGCUCAUGAAGCCUCUUGUUAUUGGACAUCAACGUUAGACGCUGCACCAAGCAGCUGCAUACCCAACGGACACCAAAUAAAGGUUACCACCCUUCCAGCAAUGCAGCAGCAGCCAUGCAUCAUGGAGGAUGAAGUUGAGUCGGUCAAACAUCUGAGGGGAACGGAUGUUUUGGAAGUGAAAGACAGUCAAAGUUGCAUUGCUUUUGAGAAUGUUCAGGCUCUCUCCCUAAAACAGACUCGGUCUGACCAACAGAGCUUACAGAAGUCUCAUAACAAAGAUGUUUAAAAUAUAUUUAUACUGCCAUAAAACAAAAGAGAGUGCAAACGUGACAAUAUGUAGGAUUAAUAUGGCCUCAACAAAUCAACAGCAACAGCAAAUCUGUUUCUGCCAGGGAAUAUUUUGGUCUGCUUUGUUACUUUUUCUCAUCAACCAUCUCUGAGUUGGGUCACAUCGCCAAGCAAACAACUGAAUUUGUCAAAAGCAUGUGGGCAUUUAAAACGGUCUGAUAAUAACAUUUUCUUGACAUGCAGUCCAAUUACCCAUGUACACACAAAGACAAAGCAAUACAGCAAACAUUGCUUUAUCAACUGUACUGUAUCUUGCAGUGCGUUUUUAACAGCCUUUAAACUGCUUUUUUAUAAGGUUGUCCCAGGUCACCUUUUGUAAUGGCCAUAUGUAUUGUUUUUACUCAACAGAGAAUUAAAAGUCUUAAAUACUUGUUA